GUAAUUGGAGUGUUCUGCGGGUACAAUGAAACUUUAAAGAAAGGGUCUUCAAAUUCGAACCCUGAUGAAAAUUCAGGAAAUUAAUAAACUAUACUUCACUCAUGGCUACCGAAUCCUCUUGUACCCCCAUGGACUUGACUUGACUAAAGUCGCCAUAGCUACGGAAUUCUUUGAACAAAUCCACUGAUCUUCCAGGCAUGCGGUUGGUGACAGUUUUGUCCCUACUUCCUGCUUCUAUAAAACUCAGAACCCCAUUGUUCCUAUUUAGAGACUCCAUAUUGCACCCAUUGCGGAGGCAAACUUCAGCACAGAUGGGCAACACAUUACAACUUCUGCUUCAUCUUCUGUUUCUUUUUCAUGUCCUUUCUUUUGAGCCCCAUCUGUCCAUGGGAACUAAUGUCAUUGUCCCAAGCCAAUUUCUGUCUGGAAACAAAACUAUCAGUUCACAGAAUGGAAGAUUUGAACUGGGUUUCUUCACACCAGGAAAUUCCAAUAACUAUUAUAUAGGAAUCUGGUAUAAGAAAAUCCCAGUUCAGACUGUAGUUUGGGUUGCAAACAGAGAUAAACCCCUCCUCCAUCCUUUCUCUUCAAAGUUUCAGCUCUCAAAAAAUGGUGCCCUUCUCCUCUUCAAUGAAUCCGGAACCCGGGUUUGGUCAUCCAGGUUACCAUCAAACUCUGUCAACUCCAGUGUUGCAAUUCUUGAAGACAGUGGAAAUCUUGUUAUCAGGGAUGGGAGAAAUUCCUGUGUCAUUUUAUGGCAGAGUUUUGAUCAUCCAACUGAUACAUGGUUGCCUGGAGCCAAGCUUGGAUUGAACAAGGUCAAUAAAGAAGGGCAGGUUUACUUUUCAUGGAGAAAUUCAGAUGAUCCAAAACCUGGGUCUUUCUCACUGGAGCUUGACCCGAAUGGGACGAAGGAGUACUUCAUAAUGCAGAAUGGGAACCGGCACUGGACUUGUGGGAUUUGGCCUGGAAUUUCUGUCUUUGGUUCCGAUACACUAACCAUCAACCACUUGAACAUGACCUAUGUGUCACAUGAGGAAGAGAUCUACUUCACUUAUUCUGUGACAAACUCUUUUGUAGUCGCAAGGUUUCUUCUGGACUCGUUCGGACAGCUCCAGCAUCUCAUGUGGGAUAAUUAUUCUCAGCAGUGGCAGCUGAUCUGGUCACGGCCAAAGCAGAGUUGUGAAAUCUAUGCAUUUUGUGGAGGGUAUGGAAGCUGCAAUCAGUAUAGUUUGCCUACUUGUAGCUGCUUGAGAGGAUUCCAACCAAGGAAUCAGGGACAAUGGAAUUCUGGGAAUCAUACACAAGGAUGUGUGAGGAAAUCCAGACUGCAAUGCAGCAAAGGUGGGGAAGAUGGAUUCCUGUUGAUUCGAAACAUACAAUUGCCUGCAAAUUCUAAGAGUUUGAGUGUUAAGACAUCAAAAGAAUGUGAGGCAGCUUGCUUAAGAAAUUGUUCUUGCACUGGAUACACUUUCAAUGGUAAGUGUUUGAUAUGGAAAGAAGAUUUAUUGAACAUUCAGUAUCUCUCAUUUGGGGAUAAGCUCGGAAGAGAUCUCCAACUCCGGCUAGCAAUGACAGAACUGGCAGCUUUGAGAGGGAAGAAAAAGGAAAGAACUUGCUGGAUCAUCAUCAGCGCAAUAGCAGGAGGACUUCUAAGCUUGAUUUCCGUCUCAGGACUCAUUGUUUGGAGAAGAAUGAGGGCAAAGUUUUCUUGUGUUAUUAAGCCAACAGAGGAUAUAUUAGUUACCUUCAAGUACUGCGAGUUGAAGAGGGCAACAAAGAACUUUGCAGAAAAAUUAGGUGAAGGAGGCUUUGGUUGUGUCUUCAAAGGAACACUGCCAAAUUUAGUUACAGUAGCCGUAAAGAGGCUGAGAAGUUGCGAGCAAGGAGAGAAGCAGUUCCGUGCAGAAGUGAGCAUCAUUGGAACAAUCCAUCAUAUAAAUCUUAUUCGCCUACGCGGGUUUUGUGCAGAAGGCAUGAACAAGUUUCUUGUCUACGAUUACAUGCCAAACGGUUCUCUGGACAGCCAUCUGUUCCGAAAUGAUUCAAAGGUCCUAGGCUGGAAAGCUAGAUACAACAUUGCCCUUGGCAUAGCAAGAGGACUAGCCUAUCUCCAUGAAGAGUGCAGAGAUUGCAUCAUACAUUGCGACAUCAAGCCUGAGAACAUUCUUCUUGAUGCCUGGUGCAAUCCUACGAUUUCAGAUUUCGGUCUAGCAAAGCUCUUGGGCAGAGAUUUCAGCCGGGUUUUGACAACAAUAAAAGGAACCAGAGGGUACCUUGCACCUGAAUGGAUUGCCGGGGUACCUGUCACGACAAAAGCUGACGUCUUUAGUUACGGAAUGCUGCUUUUUGAGCUCAUAUCAGGAAGGAGAAACUGGAAUACAACGGAAGAUGGAAUACAUGAUUACUUCCCAGCUCGUGCUGCAAACAUCAUAAACAAUGGAGUUGAUGUUAUGACCUUGUUAGACUACAGAUUGAAAGGAAAUGCCGACACAGAUGAAAUAAUUAAGGUUGGUAAAGUUGCAUGCUGGUGCAUUCAAGCUGAGGAGAAAACCAGACCAUCCAUGGGACAUGUGGUUCAGGUCCUAGAAGGACUGAAGGAAGUUUCUAUGCCUCAGGUGCCUAGGUUUAUCCACGCAUUAUUCUCUGAGGAAGAAGAUGAUAGCUUUUAGAAAAUGUAAUAAAACUUACCAAUAUCAGCUACUUUGAUAAUAAGCAGUGAACAGUAUG